AUGCCCGAAAAGACAAUCAUUUUAUCGGAGGCAUCACCAACUCCGUCACAAACGAUUGAAGAUGUUUCCUCAGAUUCGAACAAAUUUGCAGGGAAUGCGUGGAUCAGAUUGAUGACAUACCUGCAUUGGUAUCCGACUAACCAAACCGAAGAGGAGAAGCGGUUGAUUCUGAAACUAGAUUUAAGCAUUUUGAUUUUUGGGUGCCUCUCGUUCUUCACGAAAUACCUGGAUCAACAGUCUAUCACCAAUGCUUAUGUCAGCGGGAUGAGAGAAGAUAUCGGCUUGAAAGGCGAUGAUCUCAACUAUAUAACGGCAACCUUUUGGGCGUCGUAUUGCACAUUCAUGAUUCCAGCGUGCUACUUCAUGACACAUUACCCGGCGAACAUUGUACUUCCAGCACUGGAAGUCGGCUGGGGCUUGUCAACUUUUGGUCUGGCCUGGGCAAGAAACAUCGAGACUAUCUACGCGAUGCGGUUUUUCACUGGAGUUUUCGAGUGCUGCUCAUUCACCGGGACUAUUUAUAUCAUUGGGUCCUGGUAUCGACCUAGAGAGAUUGGCCGACGAGUCGCUCUCUUCUUCAUCGCAAGCCCCCUUGGGACAAUGUUCGCUGGAUACCUUCAAGCAGCUGCUUAUACCAACCUCAACGGGACGCAUGGUCUGGCUGGCUGGCGGUAUGCGAACGCCUAUUCCAUUCGCCCUAUCAGAUUUUACAAGCUGACAUUCCACAGAUGGUUGUUCGUUGUGGACGCAAUUAUCACAAUUCCUAUCGCGCUCAUUGGCUUUUUCGUCUUCCCGGAUGUUCCGUCUCGAAAGAAGCCACUAUUUCUGACACAAUUCGAGCACGAUCUAGCUCAGAAGCGCCUUGAAGGCAUUACGGCCCCACCGCAAUUGCGUCUCUCCUGGGACAUAUUUCGCCGUGUCUUCACACGGUGGCAUUGGUAUUUGUUUGUUUUCCAGUGGACUGUUAUGGACCAAAAUUUUGCCCCAGGAGGCACGCCUUUCUCAUUAUACCUAAAGGCUAAGAGCGAUAUCUACUCAAUCGUUCAGAUCAACACUCUGCCGACGAUAACAACUGCUAUAAGUGUUGUCGUCGCAUUUUCGGCGGGUCUCAUUGCUGAUAAGACAGGCCGCUUUUGGCUCCCCUCGUAUCUGGUCACCAUACCAUUGCUGAUAGGAAUCUCUCUGUUGGUGGCUUGGGAUGUUGGGGAGGCAGGUCGACUGGCGGGCUUCAUGCUAACUGGAUUCGUUGGAGCCAUCUCCCCUUUGACUAUGGGCUGGGCUACAGUCAUCAUGGCAAAGGACGCGGAAGAGCGCGCUGUCGUCACAGCAAGUAUGAAUGCCAUCGGGCAAGCCAUUGCUGCCGGCACACAAAUAGUCCAGUUUCCGGCAUCAGGGGCUCCCAACUUUCACGGCGGUUUUACUAGCGCGCUUGCAACCACGAUAGCACAGCUUGUAUCGAUUACCCUCAUCCUUAUACUGAGUUCAAGAGACGGCAAGAAGACCGAGCGAGAAUUGAGCGGAGCUUAA